AUGGACCUGGAAUGUUCUCUGCGGUCAAGGAGCAGAGAGAACGGCCAGUCCUCUCUGCAAGGGGCCGACUUUCAGGAGCGAGUGGGCAUCAGCGCCCACUGGGAGUACACGGGAGCCCUGGGGUCCUUGGUUUAUUUGGAUGUUACGAAUCACUUAACAGGACAAAUUGUAGAUAAAUCCUUGAUUUUCAACAUUAGGGUCAGCGAUGUGAACGGUCAUGCACCCCAGUUCCCUGAGAAGGAAUUUAACAGCGGUGUGGAGGAGAACCACACUGCAGGUCAACCUAUUUUUCAGAUGUUAACAGCAGAUUUGGAUCAAGAAAGUACUCCAAAUUCUCAUGUCCUUUACUUCCUUGUUUCCCAAACACCAUUACGGAGAGAAAGUGCUUUCUGGAUUGACCGUAUUGGUGGAGAAAUACGACUGCCAGGAUGCUUAGGUUGUGAGACUGCUCCUCGGCUUGCAUUACUAAUCAGAGGGGAGGAUUGUGGAGGACCACCGUUGCCAUCCACGGCCACGGUUCACAUACGUGUGCGAGACGGCGAGAACCACAUGCCACGUUCAGCCGGGACAGUAGCUGUGGGUGCUAAUGCAAUCUUCUCUCUUUGGCGGCCGCCUUUGGACUGUGAGACUCAGCCAGUACGGAGCCUGGUCGUGGUCGUGGAGAACAAGGAGCCGCUCUUCUCCUGCGAAGGGGGGCAGCUGCACAGGCCCCGGGCUGCGACCAGCACCACCGCGAGUGUGCGGGUGGCCGGCAUCAACGACCUGGCCGCCUUCCACCCCGGGACCUUCCUCGUCAGUGAAGUCGAUGGUGCUGGACCAGGGACUUAGGUGGGAAUUUUUAAUGCUACUGAUCUGGAUUCUUCUACAAGAUUCGAACUGGCUUAUGAGCCGGCAGGCUGGGUCAGUGUAGAUGAGCUCUCAGGGGCAGAAAUCACCGGGAAGCAAGUUGACCGUGAAUCCCCUCCUGUGAGUGACAGCUUUUAUAUGAUCAUCGCUCGUACUGUUGAUGACGGUGUCCCGCCACGGAUGGGGCCAGGGACCAUGCUGCGCUUCCUGUCAGACACCGGCGACAACGUGCCCACCCUCCAGCCACGGUCUCGAUACCUGGCGGUGGAGUGUGCAGGAGGCAAGCCCCUCCCCACUGAGGCGGGGAAUGGGGACCAGGAGCCCUACUCCGACCCGUUCACCUUCAAAUCGGAUAAUGCCUGGGGAAACACAGAAGACACGUGGAAACUGGGGGAGAAUCAUGGGGCACUUUUAAUGCUGAGGAGCCUCCCACGUGAUGACUACUUGUUGCCACUUUUCAUCGGAGACACACAGGGACGGUCCCAGAAGCAGACUGUCCACGUGAGGGUCUGUGCCUGUCCCGGUGGAUUCACAUGCGCAGACCCUCCGUCGGGAGCCGGGCUCCUCCAGGGGGUCCUGACCUCUCUCUGUGCGGCGUUCGUAGCUCUGGCAGCCGCUCUGCUUUUCCUGCUGAGAUGCUAUUUUGUGUCUGAAGCCAGGGCAGGGAUCUCUAUGCCACGUGAGGAAGGCACCCAGACCCUGAUCGAAAGGUCAUACGUCAGGGAUCAGAUGUCAGCCCUGUCCAUCAGCACAGCCGAGGCAGGCGCCAAGCUGGGAGCUAAGGUUUACCUGGAUACUGUGGUGCCCAGAGGACCCCUGGAAGUGAGGGUACGAGUGACGGCAGGGAUGCUGAGUCAGCAGCUCAGUGGUGCUGACAUCCCCAAGGGAGACCCUGGUUACCCACCUCACGUCUGCACAGAGGAGGGCAAGUGUGAGCGAGCAGAGACCCGCAGUUCUCUCGCCUUCUCCGACCGUGACCUGUCUCCUGACUUGCUGGACUCUUUGGAGCCAAAGACUGCUCCACUGGAAGAAAUAUAUUGA